GAGAUGACUCCUUGCUAUGCUAUUUGCUCCCAGUCUUCUCUCAAGUCUCUGACAAAACCUAAACACCACUCCAAGAGUCAAGACAGCACACUUCAAGAAUCUUCUUCGUUUUUUUCUUUCCUCUUUCUCUUUACAGAUAAACUGAGAAACCCCAACUCACGCCUCGAUUCCCAGAUGGAUUUUGUGAAUGUUCUCAAGUUCUCAGCUGCAUGCUUUGAUCUUCUUGGCUGGCCUGUCUUUGCACUGGGUUAUCCUCUAUGUGCUUCAAUUUGGGUAAUUGAGAGUAACUCAAUCUCAGACGUCCGGAAGUUGGUGACAUAUUGGGUUCUAUUUUCCUUGAUUUCACUCUUUGAUAAUACUUUUUCCGAGCUCCUUGAAUGGAUACCAUUCUGGCCUUACAUAAAGCUGAUGAUUAUCUGCUGGCUGGUGAUACCGCAUUUUGAUGGUUCACAUUAUGUCUAUCAACACUUAGUUCAUCCAUGCUUGUCCAUAGACACACAAGUUGUAAUGAAUCGGCGCUUCAAUGAAUCAAAAAUGUUGUUUCAUAGCAGAGAAAACUUUCUUGUUGUAGCAGACCGAUAUAUUAAAGAGAAUGGAGCUGAAGCUUUGGCGAAACUACUUGCUAGGAAGCCUAAUGUUGAAGUGAAAGAGAUCAAAGCACCUGCAGCACCGGAGCAAAAAGUGGAACAGGUUAAACAAACAGAGACAAAUCUUGGUGAAACUAAAAGUAACACAACUGGUAUUGUGGAGAUAAAAGAAAGGGCAACAGCACUGAUGACUGCAGAAAUUGAGGCAUGUAGAGAUGAUAGAAACCCAGAGAUAUCUCUUCAUAAGAAAAUCCAGAAAGAGUGGGCUUGUGCUGUAUGCCAGGUCACAACCCAAAGUGAGGUGACCUUGAAUUCCCAUCUUCAAGGGAAGAGACAUCAGGCCACUUCUGAACAGCUGAAAGCCAAAAACCAGGCAACCAAAGGCAAUGGUUCCCCAUCUGCUUCAAUGGCCAAGAUUUCUGAUCAGUCCACCAAAGAGGAGCAACCGGAGUGUACUUCCAACAAUCUGAAUUCCAAAAACAAUGGAAUCUCAGCUGCUUCAACAGUGAAGAAACCUGAUGAAACCAAAGAUGAUGAGCGACAAAAGUGUGCAUCUAGCAAUGGACCGAACCAGAAGAAUAACAAAGAGUGGGCUUGUGCUCUGUGCCAGUUCACAACCCAAAGUGAUGCUACCUUGAAUUCCCAUCUUCAAGGGAAGAGACAUCAGGCCACUUCUGAGCAGCUGAAAGCCAAAAACCAGGCUACCAAAAUCAAUGGUACCCCAUCUGCUUCAAUGGCCAAGAUAUCUGAUCAGUCCACCAAAGAGGAGCAACCGAAGUGUACUUCCAACAAUCUGAAUUGUAAAAACAAUGGAAUCUCAGCUGCUUCAACAGUGAAGAAACCAGAUGAGACCAAAGAUGAUAAGCGACAAAAGUGUGCAUCUAGCAAUGGACCAAACCAGAAGAAUAAAAAAGUGUGGGCUUGUGCUCUAUGCCAGGUCACAACCCAAAGUGAGGCUACCUUGAAUUCCCAUCUUCAAGGAAAGAGACAUCAGGCCACUUCUGAGCAGCAGCUGAAAGCCAAAAACCAGGCAACCAAAACCAAUGGCUCCCCAUCUGCUUCAAUGGCCAAGAAAUCUGAUGGGUCCACCAAAGAGGAGCAACCGAAGUGUACUUCCAACAAUCUGAAUUCCAAAAACAAUGGAAUCCCAGCUGCUUCAACAGUGAAGAAACCAGACAAGACCAAAGAUGAUGAGCGACAAAAGUGUGCAUCUAGCAAUGGAUCGAACCAGAAGAAUAAAAAAGUGUGGUCUUGUGCUCUAUGCCAGGUCACAACCCAAAGUGAGGCUACCUUGAAUUCCCAUCUUCAAGGGAAGAGACAUCAGGCCACUUCUGAGCAGCUGAAAGCCAAAAACCAGGCAAUCAAAACCAAUGGCUCCCCAUCUGCUUCAAUGGCCAAGAAAUCUGAUGGAUCCACCAAAGAGGAGCAACCGAAGUGUACUUCCAACAAUCUGAAUUCCAAAAACAAUGGCAUCUCAGCUGCUUCAACAGUGAAGAAACCUGAUAAGACCAAAGAUGAUGAGCAACAAAAGUGUGCUUCUAGCAAUGGACCGAACCAGAAGAAUAACAAAAAGUGGGCUUGUGCUCUAUGCCAGGUCACAACCCAAAGUGAGGCUACCUUGAAUUCCCAUCUUCAAGGGAAGAGACAUCAGGCCACUUCUGAGCAGCUGAAAGGCAAAAACAAGGCAACCAAAGCCAGUGGUUCCCCAUCUGCUUCGAUGGCCAAGAAAUCUGAUCAGUCCACCAAAGAGGAGCAACUGAAGUGUACUUCCAACAAUCUAAAUUCCAAAAACAAUGGAAUCUCAGCUGCUUCAAAAGUGAAGAAACCAGAUGAUACCAAAGAUGAUGAGCGACAAAAGUGUGCAUCUAGCAAUGAACGGAACCAGAAGAAUAACAAAAAGCAAGAGAAGGCUCUAGUUCCUGAGACCAAUGAGCAAGGCCAUCAGAAGAACUUAAAGCAAACUGGCGAUGGAAUGAAAGAGUUGGGAUCAUGGUGCAAUAUCUGUAAUGUAAGCUGCACAAGUGAGCUUGACAUGGCCUCUCAUCUGAAUGGAAGGAGGCAUUUUGAUAGUAUAAAACAGCUAUCUGAAUUAUGGUGCAGUAACUGCAAUGUAAAGUGCAACAGUGAGGUUGACAUGGCCUCUCACCAAAAUGGGAGAAGGCACUUGGAGCAGCUCAAGGAACGGUUGGGAUUAUGGUGCAGCAUCUGUAGUGUGAGUUGCAACAGCAAGGUGGACAUGGAUUCUCACCUAAAUGGGAGGAGGCACUUGGACCAGAUCGAGGAACAGUUAAGAUUCUGGUGCGGGGCAUGUAAUUUAAUGUGCAAUAGUGAGCUCAAAAUGGCCUCUCAUCUGAAUCGGAGGAGUCACUUAAAGACGAUGAGGAAUAUCUGAUUGCAUGUUUCUUCAGACAAAUGUUUUUGGUUAGAAGCAUACAGGCCAGUGGGGGCUGGUGGUCACAGAUGCCUCUGUUUUUGUUGCAUGAAAUAAAAACAGUAUUUCCAUGUUCAGUAUAGGAUUCUUAGUAAGAGGGAUGUCUAGUUCAUCUAUGGAGGAUCGGUUCAAAAUUCUACCCCUUGAAAAUUAGUCUGCAGAUAUUGGAUCAGAUCAAAUAUAUGGAUAGGAAUCCUUGUGGAUCUUUCUACUCCAUUUUCCCAAAGUGACAUCUUUCUUUGAGAAGCAUAUGAUAAAUAUAACAAAAGAAUAUACAUACGUUACAAUUUAAAACAA